GCUGGGUAAAUCCCACCAUCAAGAAGAAGCAGCAACAACAGCAGCAGUAGCAGCAGCUGCUGCCCUCUCUCUUCCAUCUCUCCCUGCACCCUCGUCACACACACACACAUCUCGCCGUGUCGCCCUGCGCUGAGAGGUUCGAAGGCGGUGGAAUGUCACGGUGAUGCACCGGCGGCUUUGACGUGCGAAGGAGCUCGAACCGCGAAGGCCUCGCAAGCGAUGGCACAGGUCGGAGGAGAGAGGGUGCAGGGAGCCUCCUCGUUGGAUCUAGAUGAUGCUGCCCUACCAGUACCCUCCAUGCCUCCCGCGCUCGCUCGGGCCCUGGCCGCCCUCACAGCCGCCCUCUCCUUCAUCGUCAGCUACGACGGCGCGUUCGUCUUCGACGACUCGGAGGCUGUGGUGGGCAACAAGGACCUCAAGCCCGAGACCCCUCUGUCGGCGCUUUGGACAGACGACUUCUGGGGAGGGCGCCUAAGCAGCAACAGCAGCCACAAGUCGUACCGGCCCCUCACCGUGCUCACGUUCAGGCUCAACUACUGGGUGAGCGGAGGACUGAACCCGACGGGGUUCCACCUGGUGAACAUCGCACUGCACUCGGUCGUCUCGGCGCUGCUCUACGACGUCUGCUGCCUGCUGGUCGGAUGGCGCGGGGCACGCGGAGCGCCGGCGUGCCGCACGGCGCUGCUCGCCUCCGUCAUGUUCGCUGUGCACCCCGUGCACGCGGAGAGCGUCGCCGGCGUCGUCGGUCGCGCCGACCUGCUGUGCGCCCUCUUCUUCUUCCUCUCCUUCAUCAGCUACGCGACGGCGUUUUCCGGCUCGGAGCACGGGGCCGCGAGUGUUUCCACGACGUGGAUCGUGCUGUCGGUGAUUCUGAGCGCCGUAGCCACUCUCUGCAAGGAGCAGGGCGUCACCGUCAUCGCCCUGUGCUCGGCGUACGAUGCCAUCGCAGUCUCUGGGAUCGACCCCCUCGGGUUAGCCAAGUCUGCACUGCAUUUUGGGGGUGCGGGGAUGAGGUCAAAGGGCCGCCGAGGCUGCACGCUGGCGUUCGCGUGCCGCCAGGCAGCGCUGGCGACGGCCCUCCUCGCCACGCUGGCGGCGCGGUGGUGGGUGAUGGGCGGCGGCGCUCCGGCGUUCACGCCCGACGAUAACCCCGCCGCCUUCGCCGACGGCCUGCUGACACGCGUGGUGAACUACCAUUACCUCUACGCCCUCAAUGCCUGGCUGCUCCUCGACCCGCAGUGGCUGUGCUUUGAUUGGUCCAUGGGCUGCGUGCCGCUCAUCUCCGCCGCCUCCGAUUGGAGGAUCGUGGCGCCGCUGUGCCUGUGGCUGGCGCUCGGCGCCCUCGCGCUGCGCGCCCUGCGUGCCCACGACGAGUCGGAGAGAAGGCGGCUCCUGCUGGCGCUGGUGCUGCUGCUGGUGCCGUUCGCUCCGGCCGCGAACGUGCUGGUGCGCGUGGGCUUCGUGCUGGCGGAGCGCGUCCUCUACACGCCGGCCGCGGGCCACGCGCUGCUCGUGACCCACGGCCUCUCCCGCCUGGCACGCCGGCACCCGCGCCACAAGAGGCUCCUGGGAGUGCUGUGGCUGCUGUUGGUGGCGCUGCACAUGGUGCGCAGCGUUCACCGGAGCGCCCAGUGGCGCAGCGAGCAGGAGCUCUUCUCCAGCGCACUGCACGUGUGCCCGCGGAACGCCAAGGUGCACUACAACAUCGGGAAGAACUCGGCGGACAACGGAGACGAAAGGACGGCCAUCGCUUACUACGGACGGGCACUGAGCCUGCACCCCGCGUACGUGCAGCCCAUGAACAACCUGGGCAACAUCCUCAAGGGCGCGGGGAAGCUGCAAGAGGCGGAGCAGCUGCUGAGGAGAGCCGUGCAGAUUCAACCGGACUUUGCGGCUGCCUGGAUGAACCUGGGGAUCGUGCAGAACAGCCGGGGAGACUUCCUCGCGGCUGAGCAGAGUUUCCUCACCGCCCUGCGCCAUCGCAAACAAUACCCCGACUGCUACUACAACCUGGGCCGGCUGUACCUGGACGUGCAGAGGCCGGCAGACGCGCUGGAGGCUUGGCGCACCGCCACCCUGCAGCAGCCAUCGCACCGACUCGCCUGGAACAACAUGAUCGUGCUGCUCGACAACUCGGGGAGCAUGGAGGAGGCGGCGAGGAUCGGCCGGCUGGCCCUCCAAAGUGUCCCCGGCGAGCACGGCCUCCUGUUCACGGUGGCCAACGUGCUGGGCAAGACGGGCCGGUUUCAGGAUUCUGAGAGCCUCUACCUCCAAGCUCUCAAGGGGAACCCGAACGCCGCCAACUAUCACGGCAACCUGGGGGUGCUGUACCACCGCUGGGGCCGGCUGCAGGAGGCGCGCAGGAGCUACGAGACGUCGCUGAGGAUGGAGCCGGGCGACCCGGGAGUGCGGGACAACUACGACCUCCUCCUGCGCAAGCUCGCCCGGGACACGGCCGCCACCGUGAGCCCUCCGCGCACCAGCAGCGCAGCCGGAGCCCCGGGGGCCGGUUGAUGGAAACGUCCGUCCGGCACUCGCUCGGAACCUUCACAACAACAACUCGCAAGGAAUUGUGGAAAGCGAUGUGUUUUUGGUGAUCACGGGCUUCGUUGCAGAGAAUCGAAACAACAAAUAAGGAAACGUGGGUCUCUCGCCUGCUUGUCACGUGCUCCGAAGGUGGACGUUUGUGGAGGGAACAUUUUGUGUGCUGCUCGUUCAGCCCGUUGAGCUUAAGAGUUCUUUUUUUCAACAGCCGCCCGACGAUAAGCGGUGAGCCGGGGGUGGGGGGUGCCUGGAUGCGAAGAAACGCUGCCGCGUUGGUUUCGCGCCGUCGAACUGCGCUUUCGGGCCGCCACCGCCUUCGACCUGUGGCUCCGCGCCCCCCGGGAACUGACCCCCGGGAACUGAACGCUGCCGGGGAUCUUCCGUGGGAAGGUGACGAAGCUCCCGGAGUGUUCGUACGUCGCCGUCGACAGGAGGCGUACGUCGGAGAGCUGGGCGCGGAUGUCGCAUGCAGUGAACUUUGUUUACAGUCGCGUUUGGCUAAAUGUGUUUGUACUCUCAGGUUCUUUCGGUAAAGUCACGUAGGUAAAAAAAUCCAAUUUAAAGUUAAUAAUGGAAAUAAAAUAAAAUAUGAACUUUUUUAUUUUAUUUUUUACCUACGUGACUUUACCGAAAAAACCUAAGAGUAUGAAUCCUUGCGGUCACGAAAGCUUCAAACCUAGAAUUAAUAGAUGUGUUUGCUUUAAACAAUCAUUUUAACACGUGGGCUAUCGCCUGAUGGGGCUGGUUGCAAUCACUGGCGAAACGUCACUGCAAAUGCUGUUGCGGGUUUACUCUGGCGUGCUGUUGACGUGAUGAGCCCUGCUAAGUGGCUGCGCGUCAGGUGGUGGCGGGUUUAACCGCACAACAUUUAUACUCGCGUGAUCUAACCCAAACAAAGAAGCUUUACUAUGAAACAGAGGUCGCAAACGGGUUUUGAUUCCUUACCCGUACCCGUACCCGGCCGCACCAGGGUCGCAAACGGGUACCCGUACCGGUACCCGGCCGGGUACGGGUAGCCGGGUAUCGUGUAGGAUACGGGUAUCGGGUACCCCGGGUUGCGACCUCUGCUAUGAAACAAUCAUGUUGAAAGAUGAUUCCGUGGAAUGUUUACUCGCCGCGAUAAUAACUUUUUGUUAAUUGUUGGGGUUAGAGGGAACGAACCCAGUUGCGUUUUUUUUUUCCUUUAUUAAUUCCUGAAAUAGAAUAGUGACUCGAGCAGCGUUAAAACGCAAGUUGGUACGACAGGGUUUCCGAUUCACACUUUUGCCGCGUUCGAAUCAUUGGCGUUGUCAACUCGAGGUGUACGUAAAAUUAUUGGAAUGGAUGAAAAAUAUACACGUUCUUUGAAAAAAACAUUUACUUGAAAAGCUAAACUCGAAGAUGCGUGCGUGCGUGCGUGUGUGUGAGCAGUGGUGCAGCGGUUAGCGCACUGCGCUAUGAACCUGGUGACCCGAGUUCGAAUCCCCGCUCACGGUCAACACCGGUGACGAUAAUCCGAACCGGUCCUGGGUCUCCUCCCCGAGGUAGACUCAGCCUCAAAUGAGUACCUGGUGCGGUGUGUAAAUGUCGCCACUGGGGAGACAAAGGCGGUCGGGCGUGGUACUGGCCACCCACCCCCUGGUGUGCUGUCCGGCCUUCAUAGGUGCUCGCUAACACCACUUUCCCCAACAGUCUGUUAAGGCUACACGGGGGAUCUUUGUCUUUUAAUAUUUCGUUUGUAUGAAUCAUGUGGCGAUGCUGCUGCUGCUGUAUUGGCAGCGUUGCACAGCACAAUCAACAAUAACAAAACUCAACAUACUCACCAACAACAACAACACUUUUGCCUGAAAAAGUGAAAGGAUGUGUAAGCGGUGACGUUUUUGGCGACGGCCCUUCUUCACGUGCGAUGAAGGUGAACCAUUGCUAUAGAGAAGGGUCAUUGCCUGAAACGUUGCCCGUUAUACGUGUGUGUUUCCUUUCCGGCGGUGUUGUUGACGGUGUUUGCUGUUGUAUAAAUGCAUUUUUGAGAUGCGGUGAAUGUGUCGUUUGAGUGCGGAGAGGCGACAAUCACACUACAUUACACUGCAGUUUUAUUCGUGACGCGGCAGUAAAGACGGCGCUGUUGGUUGCAUCGCGAUGCACGAUGCCUGCGGCGAUCUCGUUUUGUAAAACUAAUUCAGCUACUUGCCUUCAUCAAAUAAACACAGGGCAGUUUGAGCUUGUGUUGAGUUGUGUUUUCGUACUAUAAUUCAACCCGGCGCAUGUUAGCAAAGACCUUGUCGCAGUGUUACGACGGCACGCGUUAUCCCAUUAUCAUCGUC